AUGCUUGGCUUGGUUAAAGUCCUAGUAGGUAAGGAUGACCUCCGUGACUAUAGAGGAGCAGGCUGCAUCAGUGCUGAUGGCAGGUCACUGCUGCUACUCAUUAUCUGGCCAGCUUCGACCUAUAGGAGUAACUGGGCUACUUUUCUAACCCCUAGCUGGCAUUAUGGGCACUCGGAGAAUGGAUAUAAUGACUCGAAGAUUAGCCUAGAGUGGCUUACCCGUGUAUUCGAUCCUCAAAUAAGUGAACGAGCUAAUAGAAAGCCUCAGGUCCUAAUCUGCGAUAGCUUUGGAACGCACGAGACCCUAGAAAUCCUAGAGUUUUGCUUCGCUAAUAAUAUUACUAUGUGCCGCCUGCCGUCUCAUACCUUACAUAAACUACAGCCCUGCGAUGUUAGAGUCUUCGGCCCUCUUAAGACAGCCUAUCGUGACGAGGUAGAACGGCUCUGUCGGGGAGGACUAGAAGCUGUUAGUAAGGAGCACUUCACUUCUGUAUAUAAGCCUGCUAGGGAAACAGCGAUUACUAGGAGGAAUAUCACCGCCGUAUGGGCCGCAAGUGGUUUGUUCCUAUUCAACCCAGAGAGAGUUCUGCGAAAGAUGCCAAAACCGCCCUCUAAGAUAGCUGUUUUAGACGUGCUUGCUUGUACAUAA